UCAGCGUUCAGUCGUAGUUCGUCUUUGGUGGAUUGCAGACGCUAGUUUUCUGUCGAAAUUGAAAUUAACCAAAUUGAGUAGCAACAAUGUCCGAGGGCGAAUCGAAGUUUGGGUUCAAGGACAUGGAGAAGGCGUUGGAGACGCUGAAGUUGUUGGAGAGCCAUGACAUGCAGUACCGCAAGCUGACCGUGCGGGGCUUACUGGGACGUGCCAAACGCGUCUUAACGAUGACAAAGGCAGCAGAUAAGGUGAAGAACAUAAACGAUGCUAUUGGUGUGUUUGAGAAAUGGCUGGAGGAGAACGGAGGCGGUUCCUCUAACAAGAAUGCAAAGACCGAUGGCGACGACAAGGUGGAGACCGUGCCUGGCCUGGGCUUUAAGGACAAGGCAGCAGCACUGGCAACUCUCAGUAUUUUGGAAGAGCGUGACCCAGAUUACCAAAGACUAGCAAUCAAAGGCCUGAUUGGCAGCUCGAAGCGAGUGCUCUCCGGCACCAAGAAUGAGGAUAAAAUUAAUUCUAUCAAGGAAGGCGUGCAAGUGCUUGAAGAGUUCCUUGAAAAAUUCGAAACAGAGAACCGGAUCAAGGACAAUCGAGCGUAUCUGGCACAUUCAUUGAUAACCAAAUUGCCUGAGCCGGAAGAUAAACUCGCGGCCGAGUUCCUUGCGGCUUAUGGGGGAUCUAAAGCGAAGGGAAACUAUAAGCAUCUUCGUACGAUGUAUCCCAAAAACGACACAACGAGCUGGGAUAUAGUACGCAAUCGGAAGAUAGCUAAAUUGCUGGAGAAGAUUAAGAGCGAAGGUGCAAAGCUGUUCGACAAAGAUACAGGCGCUCCCACUGAAAUACACUUAGAGCUGAUACACUGGGCCUACAGUCCGCAGCCAGACAAGCUAAAGAGCUAUGUGGAAAAAAUCGCCAAGAAGUCGCCAGAAAAACGGAAACUUGACACCGACAGCAGUAGCGUUGAUAAUAGUUCCAGCAGCAACUCGGAGUCGGAAGAGAUAUCUGUACCCAAAAAGAAAAGGAAGGAAGAAUAAUGGGGCUGCGUUUUGUGUAACGAACAAAAACGGUAUAUACUUUAUUUAAAUUCGCCACCUGAACCUCAAAUCGAUUAUAUUUUGUGGUAGACACUUUGGUUUGUAUGUAUGAAUGUUAUUUGAUGUAUGUGUGUAUAUACUGCUGAUAAGGCCUCGCUUAGAUGAGCUAUACAUCUAACGCUAGCCAUCUAAUAACCAAAUA